AUGCCGCACGCGAACACGAGCUUUCUGUCGGCGCUCACGCGCGAGAUCCCCAAGGCGUGGCCGUUCUUCACCGGCAUCGGCGCCGUCGGCGUGGCGGUGGUCUACGCGACGAUGGGAAUCACGGAGGCGGACAAAAAGGCGAGCAAGUUUGUGAAUCCGGGCGGGCACUGA